CGUCACAGGUUCUUUUAUUUACCUUUCGCGACACAACUUACAGAUGUUAUAUGUAAAAAAAAAAAAAGCCAAAAAAACCCAUCGAAGAUGUCAGGAAACCUUUCCUUCCGUCAUUUCACCUCACCUGGCGUCUCAUUAGCUACCCAGACCAGCGCUCAGCUUCGCAGUCAGGCAGCCUCUGGCGAGCAUGCAGUAAACAGCGCCGAGUCCAGGCACGAACACAGGGUGAGGAGGGUUCGCCAGUCUCUUCCCCACCAUGGCUUUGUGGACGUGGAUGUUUGAUACCCUACCUGUCUUCCCAGUUCCGCUCGUCACUCAAGCCAAGAAAAGAGAGUAAAAAAGCGACUAAUAGGGAUGCCAAAGGAAAAAUAUGAUCCUCCAGAUCCUCGCAGAAUUUAUACCAUCAUGUCAGCAGAGGAGGUAGCCAAUGGGAAAAAAUCUCACUGGGCAGAAUUAGAAAUCUCGGGUAGAGUGCGGAGCUUAAGUACGUCACUUUGGUCAUUGACACACUUGACAGCACUGCACCUAAAUGACAAUUACCUUAGUCGCAUUCCACCUGAUAUUGCCAAGCUUCAUAAUCUGGUUUACCUGGAUCUGUCAUCCAAUAAACUCAGAAGUUUACCAGCAGAACUAGGAAACAUGGUGUCUCUCAGGGAAUUGCUUUUAAAUAACAAUCUGUUACGGGUUUUGCCUUAUGAACUUGGUCGGCUCUUCCAGCUACAAACUCUAGGUUUGAAAGGCAAUCCUUUAUCACAGGAUAUUCUCAAUUUAUACCAGGACCCAGAUGGAACCCGAAAGCUACUGAACUUCAUGCUUGACAAUCUUGCAGUUCAUCCAGAGCAGCUUCCUCCGAGGCCAUGGAUUACAUUAAAAGAACGAGACCAAAUUCUGCCAUCAGCAUCAUUCACGGUUAUGUGUUACAAUGUGUUAUGUGAUAAAUACGCCACCCGGCAGCUAUACGGCUAUUGCCCAUCCUGGGCAUUAAACUGGGAAUACAGGAAAAAGGGAAUUAUGGAAGAAAUUGUUAACUGUGAUGCAGAUAUCAUUAGUCUUCAGGAAGUGGAAACAGAGCAAUACUUCACUCUCUUUCUGCCAGCAUUGAAGGAGCGUGGAUAUGAUGGAUUUUUUUCUCCAAAGUCACGUGCCAAAAUCAUGUCUGAGCAGGAGAGAAAGCAUGUGGACGGUUGUGCAAUAUUCUUCAAAACAGAAAAAUUUACAUUGGUGCAAAAGCAUACAGUGGAAUUCAACCAAGUGGCAAUGGCUAAUUCAGAUGGAUCCGAAGCUAUGCUGAACAGAGUGAUGACAAAAGAUAAUAUUGGUGUCGCUGUGGUAUUAGAGGUCCACAAAGAACUAUUUGGAACAGGUAUGAAGCCUAUUCAUGCUGCAGACAAACAGCUGCUUAUAGUGGCAAAUGCCCACAUGCAUUGGGACCCAGAGUAUUCUGAUGUGAAACUCAUCCAGACCAUGAUGUUUGUCUCAGAGGUUAAAAACAUCCUGGAGAAAGCCUCCAGUAGGCCUGGCAGCCCAACUGCAGAUCCUAAUUCCAUCCCGCUGGUGCUAUGUGCAGAUCUUAACUCAUUGCCAGAUUCAGGUGUCGUGGAAUAUUUGAGCAAUGGAGGAGUAGCUGACAACCAUAAAGACUUCAAGGAACUAAGGUACAAUGAGUGUCUUAUGAACUUCAGCUGCAAUGGGAAGAAUGGAAGCUCAGAAGGGAGAAUCACACAUGGCUUCCAACUGAAGAGCGCCUAUGAAAAUAACUUGAUGCCUUACACCAAUUACACCUUUGAUUUCAAAGGCGUGAUUGACUACAUUUUCUAUUCCAAGACUCAUAUGAACGUGCUUGGUGUCCUGGGGCCUUUAGAUCCUCAAUGGCUGGUUGAGAACAACAUCACUGGGUGUCCACACCCUCACAUCCCUUCAGACCACUUCUCACUGUUAACACAACUUGAACUCCACCCUCCACUUCUGCCUCUUGUCAAUGGUGUUCACUUGCCUAAUCGGAGGUAGUGGAGUACUGCCCCGCAAAGACGGGGGGAUCUGUUGCUAUGGACCUGUACAGUUGUAAAUCAAAGUAUGUAGGAGUGAAGUAUGGCCAUCCUUAAGCUGCUUCUUCAGGUUCCUUUCAUUAUGUGUUUGCUCUAAGAUUUUGUACAUUUUUGUGCAUAUUGGUAUCAUUUGGCACUAGGGCUGGAACCAAAGUAUUACUCUUUCCAAAUUUUUAAUUUAACAUGUUUUUAAAUUGGACCUCCUUCAUAUUAUAUUAGGAGUCAACAUUCAUAAGUAAUAAAUCACCAAUUCAAGGCCCAACAAGAGUGUGUUUUUCCAAAACAAAUAACUUUCUUUUGAAUGGUUUCAAAUGAGCCAACCAUUUUUGUAAAAGACAAUUUUUAAAAACUAAAAAGACGACACUUUAAACUGAAUGAUGGCAUGCCUUACAGGAAAAAUUUCUUGGAUUUCUGUUUUCCAUUAUAACAAAACUGAUUUUUGGCUCCCCUAGUCUUUUGCACAUUAACAAAGCACUUAAAUUUGCUAGAUCUGUACAUAAACUAUGAUACAGCCUUUAACCAUAAUAUGAAAAAUAGAGAAAUUAAAGAUGGUUGCACAAUAUGCUUUUGAAAUCAAACAUUUGACAGCACAUGACAGUUUGUUGGGCAAGUGCUGGUUAUUGGUUUUUUUUUUUUUUUUUUUUUGAGGAAUCACUCUGUAUCUAGUUCCUCUAUUAGUUAUAACCUCAUUAGAAGUAUUAAUUUUAAGCCUUUCUCUCCAGUUUAUUUAUUGGGAAACAGUGGGUAAUUUUUACUGCCACAUAUCUUGAAAAUAGAAUUUGUUAUAUUUAGGAUGCCCACAAAAUUAGUGUCCAGUAUUUUUCAUUAUUCUCAUCCACCUUUUUCUGCCUGGUUGUGCUAGAGAAACAGGUAUUAUAUGAUCUGUAUAAUUUUUGCUGUUAUAGUCAAAUGUUUUAAAAACAAACAACUACUGAAUGAAAAGGCCCUGAUCAAAGUUUUAAAAGGGAAAAGCGAUACAAAUAUCUCAUUUGUUUCCUGAAGUAGGACAAGUGGCUAUUGGUUUUGGCUUUUUGAAGUAACAAUGGAAAGGAUUUGGCGGGGGGAGAGAACAGGGAGUAGCUGAAAACCUCUGAUCAUUUUUCCUGACUCUAGUUGCCAAAUGGCCAUUAUAUGCUUUUAAUCUUUGUUUCCGUUGUCUGUCAGGGUUGAAUUAAGAAGCUACUGGUUUAUUCCCAACUGUUGAUGCUCUUUAGAAAUGUUGGAAUCCUUUUUUUGCCCAGGAGGGGCCAGUUGAAAAUGUGUGACUCAAGAGGCAGUUAACGUAAUACCGUUUUCUGGGGGAAAAAUUGGUUGGCUACUUGAUGUUAAUUAUGGCACAGUUAACAGGAAAAGGUUGUGUCUGUGUUUUUAAGUUUUUCUUUAUUCUGCUUUUUUGCUGCUAUAAGAGUUUUCUGAAAUUUAUAUUUUAAACUUUUCAUGCACUUUACUGUUUCUAGUCUCAAAAUGUGAUAUUUUUAAUAAACAAGAAAUUUUCCAUUAUGUGAAUGAAAUUUUAAAAGAAAAUAGCCUAUAUUUGUGUCUCACUAAUAUAUAAAGUACAGGUCAAAUUUAAAUUAUUUAAUUAGUUUUAAAUAUAUACAAUUUGCCUCUUCUUUCAAACCUAACAUCUUAGGCUGUUUUAUUAGUCUUAAAUGAUGCAUUUCCUUUGGUCAUUUUAUACUAAUUUCUUCCAUAGUAAAUUAAUCAGGCUAUAUAAGAUAAUAUUUCCCCAGAAGGAUAAUUUUAGUGGGACGAGGGUGGUGGGAUGAUGUAAUGUCAUAAUGGGAUUGCAUCAGAAGGGUUCUGUAAAGCCUAAAACUCCCUUUUAAAAGUGCCUAGUGAUAGAGGCGUUGUUUGUCAUCUAUUAUAAUUGGAAUGUCAUUGUCGUUGAGUGAAGUUUGAUGUAAAUAAAAUAUUCUUUUAAAAAUGGUAAAGUACCAGAAUAAACAAACAAAUAAACAACCCUUAAGAUGACAGAUUUUCCUCAAUGUGCAGGUAUCCCUUCUUAUAUACCUCAAACAUUCAACAUCUAGCCAUGCAAAUUGAUUACCUGAACCAUAGUACUGGAAAGUAGAAUAGCAUGAAAAACUUAAUUUUGUGGACAUUACCUUUUUUUGUAAUCAGCUACUGUAUGUUUUAUUUGAAAUCUUUUGUUUUGGGUGGGUUUUCUGCUCUGGAGGUAUAUGCACUAACAAAACAUUUUCCUCCUUUCAUAUACGCAUGUUAAUUAGCAAUGUGAGCAAUAUUUCCUACCAUACUUCACUCCCAAUAUUUUUUGAGAUGUUUGUAUAAAAUGGAAUUUAAAGUUCACUUAUGAUUGUAUAUGAACCACAGAGGAGCCCAUUUAUUAAUAAAAAACUUUUUUAAUAGUUAAAUGUAGAGGGGAAAAAAUAAAAAAAAUUGGGAAACAUUGUAAACAGCUUAAGUUUAUUUUGUGUAUGAUCGAGGCACUCUGUUGCAGGAAGGUGUGUAAUUGGGUUCUCUCUGCUUCCAAAUGCACUCUUUCAAACCAUUCAUUAUCCUGUGUAUUUUUAAUGUGGUUUUAGUAAAUGUUGGUAGUAGCUCUGUUGAAGUAGGUAAUUGUGUUAUGUUUUGGGUGGCACACACACUUGGGGCAUGGUAACCCAAAUUUCAUGUGCACGGUUUCCCUUUAGCCCACUGCCCAAAUUUCACACACCUUUCACCCUUUGUUCCCUUUGUAAAAGGAGUGGUAUCUGUUUUGAGCUGCCAAUUCAGAUGAUCAGAAAUGCUGCUCUCCUCAGUAUUGUCUUGUUAAAACGCAUGCCAUUUGGAACUUUGGCAGUGAGAAGCCAAAAGGAAGAGGUGAAUGACAUACGGUAUAUAGUCAGUGAAAGUAAAUAUUUAUGCUUAUAUACUUUCUAGUUCUCAGAAUAAGUUUAAUAAGCUUUAUGCCAUAGGGCUGCUGCAUAUUUUAUCUGAAGUUAAGAGAAAAUUUGGGCAUUUUUAGGUUGUGAUAAUGUGGUUUUUUUUUUUAACUGUUAAAUAUGAUUUCUGGUACUUGUGUAAGAACUGGAGUGUUCUUUAAAUUUAUUAAAACAGUGUUGUUUGAGGAAGGGAAAACUGCACUGUUUGCUAUUACAGCAGUCAUACAAGUGCAUGUCAAGUCACCCACUCUCUCAGGCAUCAGUAUCCGCCUCAUAGCUUUACACAUUUUGAUGGGGAAUAUUGCAGCAUCCUCAGGACUGACAUCUGGGAAAGGCUCAAAUCCACUUACUGCUCCUUGCUUGUUGACUUUGUUUUAAAAUAUUGUGCCUGGUGUCAACUUUUAAGCAACAGCACUGCCUAAAAGCAAGCAGAGAACAGAAUCCCAGCACCAUUCUAUAGGCAACUUUUUAGAAUUCAGAUAAUAGUAAAUCUGUUCAAGAUUUAUGAUGUUUUAUGUAAAAAAAAUUUUGUACAACGUAGCUGAAUAUUUUUGUUUCAUUUCUUUGAUGUAAGGCGUGUGAACGUUUGUUUGGAUAUCACAUGUAAAAGUCAGGUAAUGGCACAAUGGGUUUUGAGACCAGCUUCCCUUCCCCCCCAUUUGCCUUGUUCCAAGCUCUUUCUUUUCAUAUUACUUUUCUGAUUUUCAUAGGCAGAUAUUUAAUUUUACUAAUAAGCAUCCUGUGUGAAUGUAUUAAAGAAGCCACUGUGUUUUAGUGUUGUAGUUUGCAGAAAUAUAAAGCUUCGUUUCUUAUUUGUCCCUAUUAUUUGGUGUGUUAUGGUUAUGUAUUGAAUCACAGAGAAGGGAGAAAGCUGAAAGGAUACCUAAGGCUCGUAUCACUUGAUUCUAUGGUGGGUUGUAUUAGAAUUGAGGAUGUGGCACAUUAAAACUGGAACAUGGGCAAACAUAACUGUGUUCCAUUUUAAAAUUG